AUGCAUGCGCUUCAUUUUCACUUCGAAUUCAAAGUGGCAAAAUCGACAAAAACUCUUCUUGUUGUUCGAUGCAAAGUAAGUGAAUGCAAGUGGUGGCUUCGAGCAACAAGAGUUGAGGACACUUGUUUUUUCGUGAUAAAGGUAUAUCGUGACGAACAAUUGUCUUCUUCUUGUUUUGAAUUUCAUGAAGCUCGUCAAGCAACAGGUUGGGUUGUGGGGGAAUGCAUUAAGUCUAAAUAUGAGGGGGUUAGUUGCAUUUAUAGACCAAAUGACAUAGUCAAGGAUUUUGAGAGAGUGCAUGGAUUUUCAAUCACUUAUGGGAAAGCUUGGGGGGCUAGAGAAAGCGCCCUACAUUCAUUGCAUGGAACAGUAACACAUAUUGAGUCGAAUUCUAUCAAUCGAUUCAAAUACUGUUUCAUGGCCAUUGGACCAUCAUUAAGAGGUUUUCGUACUUGUGUAAGACCUGAAAUUUGUGUUGAUGAAACUCAUUUGAAAGGUAAGUAUCUUGGAACAUUAUUUGUUGCCACAUGUUUGGAUGGAAACAACCAGGUUUAUCCUUUGGCUUUUGGAGUAGGGGAUUCAGAAAAUGAUGAUGCGUGGACAUGGUUCUUUGAAAAAUUGAAUGGAGCUAUUGGAAGCAUGGAUUCACUCGUUUUUAUCUCGGACAGGAAUGCAAGUAUUGAAAAAAGUAUCCGGAGAGUUUUUCCAGAGGUCAUACAUGGUGUUUGCAUGUAUCACCUUGGUCAGAAUUUGAAGUCCAAAAAGUUUAGUGAUUCCGUCAUCCCUGUAUUCUACAAGGCAGCAAAGUCAUACAAUAAGGUGGAGUUUCAACAUAUCAUGAAUCAAAUACGCAGAUUCGAUGCAGGUAAUGUUUUCAAGUAUUUAAGUGAAGGUGGUUUUGAGAAAUGGUCUAGGGCUUAUUUUCCUGGACAACGGUAUAACAUCAUGACAACAAAUAUUGCUGAAUGCUUAAAUGGAAUAUUGAGGGAUGCUCGAACCUUACCUAUUACGAAGUUGAUGGAUCAUCUGCAAUCUUUAUUACAAUGA